AUGGCGCUGAAUAAAAAAUAUGCCGAGCUUCCAGAUCUGGAUUCUGCUCCAGACGUCUACGAAACACCAGAACUUACUGACGACAAUUCUACCGCACCGACAGGAAGAGCACGCUCACAGUCUACUUCAUCAUCAUACAAAGAUUUCGAUAACGACGAAGAUGAUGUCUCUGGCACCUCUCGGACGUCUGGAGUUUUUCGGUCGCGCCUCCGCCCCGAUGAAGCCCGCACACAUUUCGAGCCCGCACGAAUUGAUGCUCGUGAUGUAGAUUUCUCUGAUAGAGUGACCGCGAAGCGGAAAUCCUACAAGGCAUCCUCGAGACGACAGCGUGUCAAAGCAAACGGUACCGAGGAAUAUGGGGACUCGAGUGAUGAUGACGAUGGAGAAGGACUGGAAAGGAAGCUAGCAAGAUUAAGACGAGAGGUCGAAGAAGUCAAAGCCGAAGUAGGCAGGCGAGCGGUGGGAAAGGGAGCCAGUGCAACAAUAUCCAAAGAUUUAGAACCUGAUGUUGCAGCGCUCAGCAAGAUUCUGGACGGUAUAUCCACGAACGAAGGAGGUGCUGUAAACUUUGCAAAGGACCUGGGCACUGGGAUACAAGCGAACGGACCACCACAAACAGUAAAGGGCACUGGGGAACCCUCUACAUACACAGUUACCUACGCGCCGACAUAUCAGCAAAGUCAUGCCUUAGCGAAAGCCGCCGAGUUUGAUGGCCGGCUAGCAAUGUUAGAAAAGGCACUGGGCCUGGAGCCAAUUGCUUUGAAUGCCAAUGGCACACCCAAAGCGAUCCUACCUACACUUGACACGCUACAUCGUCAAAUCUCAUUGAUUGCAGAAACAACGCCAUCUUCUCUAGAUGGUAUCAGCCGUCGAGUACGUUCGCUUACACAGGACGCUGACAAGUUACACGAGUCUCGGAAGGCUGCCAAAGCAGCGCAGCAAUCAUUAAGAGCAGGAGGCGGUGAUGCCGCCUCAGACGAUGAUGAAGAGUCGCAAGAAACUGCAAAAAUCCAUGCACUUUAUGGUACAUUGCCAACAAUUGAGAACUUAGCACCUAUCUUACCCUCUUUGCUCGACCGACUAAGGUCUUUACGAGCUAUUCAUGCCGACGCUGCGACCGCUAGUGAAAGUCUAGAUGCAAUCGAAAAGAAACAGAUUGGAAUGGCGGAGGAGAUAAGAAAAUGGCGAGAAGGGCUCGAAAAGGUAGAAAGCGCUUUUGGCGAGAACGAGACUGUUAUGAGCGGGAACAUUAAGGUUGUUGAAGGUUGGGUUAAAGAAUUGGAAGAGAAGAUGGAGCAAUUUUAG